GGCGCUCUGCCGGGCGCGCUCUCUACUGAGCAUGCUCAGUCGAGGGUCCGCGCGUGGGCGCCGGCUAGGGGCGCACCCCCAGCGCCGUGCCAAGGGAGAGGACGCGGGGAGUCUCCCCUGGGGACACUAUGGAGAAGUACCAGAUUUUGGACCAGCUGAGUCCUGGGGCCUUGGGAACGAACCUGGUGGUGGAGAAAACAGAAAACAAAGUAAAGUACGUGAUAAAGCAGGUGGAGUGCAUUGAUGAGCAUCAGGCCAACGAGGCCUUGGAGGAGCUGAUGCCGCUGUUGAAGCUCCGGCACGCCCACAUCUCCAUAUACCAGGAGCUGUUCAUCAUAUGGAACAGUCAGAUCUCCUCUCUGUUCCUGUGCCUGGUGAUGGAGUACAACCAUGGAAGCUUCCAGAAGGUCAUUGAGAAGAAGAGGGAGACAAAGACAAUCAUUGACUCCGAGUGGAUGCAGAACAUGCUGGGCCAGGUGUUGGAUGCUCUGGAAUACCUGCACCACUUAGACAUCAUCCACAGGAAUCUCAAGCCCUCCAACAUAGUCCUCAGCAGCAGCAACCACUGCAAAUUACAGGACCUGAGCUCCGACACGCUGAUGAUGGACAAAGCCAAGUGGAACAUCCGCGCAGAGGAAGACCCUUGUCAGAAGUCCUGGAUGGCGCCCGAGGCCCUCCGCUUCUCCUUCAGCCAGAGAUCUGACGUCUGGUCCCUGGGCUGCAUCAUCCUGGACAUGGCCAGCUGCUCCUUCACAGACAAAACAGAAGCCAUGCUUCUGAGAAAGUCCCUCCGGACCCUCCCGAAUGGCCUCAGGGGCGUCCUGGAGACCCUGGAGGAGAAGAAGAUCCCCAACGCUGAAACUUUCGGUUCCCUUUUGCCUUUGAUGCUGCAGAUCAACCCUUCGGAGCGAAUAACAAUCAGGGAAGUGAUACGCAUCACCUUCGUGGGCAGCAACUUCAGGUCCUCCAGCAUCGCUCUGUCACCGCACUGGCAGCUGAUGCCUGACUCAGUCACCGACCUGCUGCUAGGGGGCAGCAUCGCCAGCAUCAUAGAGGUCAUGCAGAACUUCUCCAGCAGACCCGAAGUCCAGCUCAAAGCCCUGAAGAGGCUCCUGAAGAUGCCUGAAGAGCAGCUAGGUCUGCCAUGGCCGACAGAACUGGUGGAGUUGUUGACCGCCAUCAUGAAGCAACACGAGAGGAUCCUUGACGUACAGCUGCACGCCUGCUCCCUGCUGCUGCGCACCCUGGGCCAAGCGCUGGCACAGGACCCCGCGGCCGAGGUGCCGAGUGAGAGCUCCGUCGUCUCCGUCCUGCUGAGCUGCCUGCAGAUUCAUCCCGAGUCAGAGCAGCUCCUGGUCACGGUCUACAGCGUGCUCGCCAUCAUCUCCAGCCAGGAAUCGGCCUCAGAGGAGCUCCAGGAGGCUGGGCUGUUCGAGCAUAUCCUGGAGCACCUGAGUACCUUCCCCACAAACAGGGACAUCUGCAUCAACGGCCUGAGCCUGCUCUGGGCCCUGAUGGUGGAUGCCGUCAUUGUGAACAAGACCCCCUUGGAGAGAGCCCCGGUCCUCAUCGCUGAGGUGCUGGCCGCCCACCCCACGGACGCAGAGAUGGCUGAAGCCGGCUGCGCGGUCUUCUGGCUGCUGUCCUUGCUAGGCUGCAUAAAGGAGCACCAGUUCGCAGAUGUGGUGACGCUGUUCCUCCGAAGCAUCCGGCUCUGCCAGGACAGAAUCCCACUGGUGAACAACGCCUACCGGGGACUGGCCAGCCUCGCAAAGGUGUCCGUGCUAGGGGCUGUGACUGUCUCGUGGCACAAUAACCCUUCGGAGAUGCUCCGGACCCGAGACUGGACAGGCCGCCAGCUGGCGCGUGAGGGGUGCUCCAGCCCCUCUGAGGUCUGGUCCCAACGCAGCGUUUCAGGGCAGGUACACAGGGUGGGCUGGACGGGGGCCAGGCGGCCAGGCCUCUGUCUGCUUCUCGGCCUGAGGCGGUCCGGGCCUGCGGGAGCGGGGCCGCCCUCCUUCCUGGAGAGGCUCCAAAGGGCGCCGGCAGGGUCGUCCUCUCCCGACACGGGGUCUGCAGCAGCUGCCGACCUUCGUGGGACAGGAAGGGGAGCUGGGGUCCUGAGGGCAGAUGUGACCUGGCUCAGCAAUGGAGGGGUGGUCAGAAGCCGGGGCCAGAGUGUGAGCGGGAACGGACUCUGCCACCUGCCGGCCCGACAACUCAAGUCUGCGUGUGAGAUCCCCCAGGCUCCGGGAGGGUCUGAGCGGUAACCUCUCACAGGCCCCCGGCCCCUCGAGAGCCAGGGCCUGACCCCUAACUGGGGGUGUACGUGUGCCGCGUUGGCGCUCCCCCAGGCCCACCCUACAGGCACGCUCUGGAACGCUUUCUAGCACUUCUCUUCCGCCUGCGGGCGGAGGCCAGCCCUCGAGCGGGAGCCUUCUGCUGGGGGGGGGGGGGUGUACAUUCCCGCCAGGAGGAAAGCGGGCCCGCAGAUGCCUUCGCGACCUUUACAACCCGUGGGGCAAUGCUGGCCUCAGCGGCUCCCCAGGCGGCAGGAAACUGGCCUCCUCUGCCAGUGGCGGAGGUCCCUGCUAUCCUGAGCACCCUGGACUGCCGUCAGCCCCCUUCCUGGAGGACACCAAGGCACAGGCAGCUGCGGGAGACGAAUCCCACCC